CCACACAACGGAGCGGAGACGCCGCCGUCGCCCACGCCGGACGUGACGUCAUGGCGCGCCCGCAGGGGUGGAACACCUGAGAGGCGCAGGGUUUAGCGCUAGCAUUUGGGGGCGGGGCCACGAAGAAGGCGACCAAUGAGAUGAGAAAGGGGAAUGGGGGCGGAGCCAGGCCCUGGACUUCCGUUCUCGGCCGCCUUCCAGAGCUGCCUAGCAACGCCAAGCUGGCGCGGGAUUUUCCUCCGGUUCUGGUCGAGGCUGAGGUUCCGGCUGCGGUUUGCCCGCCGCUGCGCUUUCAGGCUUGAAGAGGUAGCUCCCCACGCUCGCCCAGCCUGGAAGCGCAACCAAGACGCACGUGUGUGUGUUUUUAAAUCCUCACCCGAGGAUAUAUUUAAUGGUUUCUGCCUCUCUCAGGCGCCCAGACCAGGGUUGGAACCCGCAAUCUCUUGGUGCACAGGACGCCAUCCAACCAGCCUAGCCUCCGGGCGAGGGCACAUGUCCCCUCUUUAUUGGUCGCCCAGGCGCCGCCCCGACACUGGCCCGCAGGAGUCUUUGAAGUGGAAGCGGAGGCUCCCAGGCCGCUUCCUACCGACGCUCCAGGAGCCGCGGGGCGGGGCGAUGAGAUCUCGCGAGAUUCUCGCGCCGCCAGCGCCGGCGACCAGCAUGGCGGACACCCUGCCGCCGCCGAAGCGGGGGCCCCUCCGCUCCACGUGGGCGCGAUGCCGCAAGGCCCGGCCCCAGCUCAUCCUCAGCCGCCGGCCCCGCCGCCGGCUCCGGCUCCUGCGCUGGGGCGGCCGGCGGCUCCUGCGGCGGCGGCUGCUGCAAGCCCAGGCGGCCGGCGCGGACUGGCGGGAGGGCUGCGGGCCGGUGUCGCGCUCGGCGGCUGCCCCGAGGCCCAAGACCGCGGUGCCCAGCCCGGUCCCUCAACCGGCCCCCAGCCCGACCCCCAGCCGGGCUUCCAGCCCGGCCUCGGACGAGGACGCCGCCCCGCGUGGCCCCGCGAAGCUCGCCAUCCCGCCGCUGCGGCCGGCCGGCGCGGGCCGCGCGUUGCUGCUGCUGCCGCGGGAGCAGGUCUUUACCUUUAGCGGGACCUGUCGCGUGACCUGCCUUUACGGCCAGGUGCAGGUGUUUGGCUUUACCAUUGGCCAAGGCCAGCCUUCCCAGGACGUCUUCUCCACCUACACCCACUCUCGCCUGGCGCUCAGCGCUGUCCAUUACUCGGCGCCUGAGAAAAGCAAGAAGGAGAUGAAGAGAGAAGCCCGGGCUUUGCUCAGAGCGCAUCUGAACCGGGAUGACAGGUGCUGGGUGAUGAAGAACUUCUCUCCGCUCUGCUCCGUGGUGCUGCUGGAAACCCUGAAAAACUCCGCCGUGCGCUUCAUAACCAGCCACCCGGGCUUGUCCUACGUCUUCGAACAAGAGAGGACAACUUUCCAGAUUAACGCCGAGUAUUUCGCCAUGAGGUCGGUGGGCAUUAAGAAAGAGAAGAAGAAAAACGGCCUGCAGCUAACCGAGAGUGUCCUUUCGGCGCUGGAGGAGCUGGUCAGCGUCGCCUGCGAGGAAGCGGACGGCUGCCCCAUCAUCCUGGUCUGUGGCGCUCAGGACGUCGGAAAGUCCACCUUUAACCGGUACCUGAUGAACCAGCUGCUGAACAGUAUUUCCUGCGUUGACUAUUUGGAAUGUGACCUGGGGCAGACAGAAUUUACUCCUCCGGGAUGUAUUUCUCUACUUAAUAUCACAGAACCGCUUCUGGGACCACCGUUCACCCACCAGAGGACACCACAGAAAAUGGUGUAUUUUGGGAGAUCUACUUGUAAAGACAACUAUGAGAAUUACAUCGAGAUCAUCAAGUAUGUGUUCAGCUCCUACAGGAGAGAGUCCCCUCUCAUCAUCAACACGAUGGGCUGGGUGACAGACCAGGGCCUCUUGCUCCUCGUCGAUCUGAUCCGCUUGCUGUGCCCCAGCCACGUGGUUCAGUUCAGUUCCAGCCGGAGCAGAUUCAUGCCGAAACUCACCCCCAGCUACAUCGACGACAUGGAUGGCUUGUACACCAAGAGCAAGGCCAAGGUCAGAGACCGAGGCUUCUACCUGCCAGAGUUCGCAGACAGUUUGGAAUUUGGUGACGAAGAAAAGGAGAGUCCGGCGGCCUUUUCUGGACAUAAGCUGAUGUGCGUCCGGUCGGACUUUGCGUUUAGAAAAACGCCAAGAAAUCGAGAGUCGCAUAACAGAGUCCUUCGGGACCUGGCCUUGUUGGGGUACCUGGGCCAGCUGCACCCCCCCGCGCCGAAACCGCUUCACCCGCUGCACAGCCUGACCCCCUACCAGGUCCCUUUCAGUGCCGUCGCCCUCCGUGUCAUUCACUCCGAUGUCGCCCCCACCCACGUCCUGUACGCGGUGAACGCCAGCUGGGUCGGCCUCUGCAAGAUCCUGGAUGAGGUGGGAGGAUUCACCGAGGGGCCCGUCCUGCUCACGCAGACUCCCAUCUGCGAUUGCCUGGGCUUCGGGAUCUGCAGAGGGAUCGACAUGGAGAAGCGGCUCUACCACAUCCUCACGCCUGUGCCCCCGGAAGAACUGAGAAAUGUGAACUGUCUGCUGGUCGGAGCCAUCUCCAUUCCCCAUUGUGUCCUCAAGAGCCAGCAUGGGUUCGAGGGGACGAUUCCUUACGUCACAACAGAUUACGAUAUUAAACUUCCUGGAGCGACAGGGAAAAUCGGAGCCAGAGAAGCCGAGGAGACGUAUGUAAGGAGACAACACCCAAAAGCGAGGUUCCAUCGGAAGGCACACUGACGUUUCUACCCAGUGAGGCAGCUGCCUCUGUCUCCGCCUGACGCAGCGGACGGUGGGUCCGUGCUGCGAACGUGCCCUCAGGAGCAGUGUCCUCAGCUCGUGGGAGCCGGUCCGCUUCAGUCCGUCCUUAAGCUCCGCGACCGCGCGCCUCGCCUGCCGUGUGGUCCGUCAGACACGACGCUUUACUUUCUAAAGGAGGCAGCUGCAGGGAAACGUGCGCCAUCGAACAAAGUUCUUCAGAACCUCAUUGUUGGAAUCUGGGAACAAUAGGGAGACAAGGGCCCCAAAAGAUGGACCAAGGAGGAAGGCAGGCUGGCCAGCGGGAUCCGAGCGUCACUGGAAAUGGGGACGCGCCUCGGCCCUUGCCCACCUGUGAUGGCCGGCCGGCCGGGGCCAAGGCCCCGCUGGUGGGUCGUUCCAUCCCCUGGUCACGUGAUUCCCGUCCUCUUCCGUUCCUCUGGGACCAGCCGUAAAGAUCGGGUUUCAUUUCCAAAGGUAAUCAAGGUUUAGCAGAUGGAGGUUUGGGCUCGAGAAGCCUUCUCUGUGUUUUUAAUCCACUGGUUUUAUGCCGAAGGAAAGCUGCUCUCCCAUCCAGGCGCCUCUGGGUUUUGCCCUGAUUGGCUUCUCCUCCGAGACCGAGCCUGGGCAGAGCUCUGGGAGACCAGGCCUGGAGGGCAGCUCCGAGGAGGCCCGUUCCUGCCAUGGGCGGCCGGACCUGAACGUGAACAUGCGGCAGCUCUGGGCUGUGAGCGCCCGUCCUGAGGGCGGGAGCCGGUGCCGGGACCGUUCUCCUCUCCUCCCUGGUGCUCAGAGUCCUCACCCCCUGAGGUGGGGUUUUGGAGGCAGAGAGGAGCCGUCUGAGGAGAGCGGGACACGGAACUUACUGUGAACGUCCGCUUCCUGAGGAGCGUGUGGAAGGAGGUCCCAGGACUCGCAGGGUUUAGCACCUUCUCCGUUUAAAUUGCUGGUGAUCGCUGCCUUGAAGCUCUCGGACCCUCCGAGAGCUCAUUCUCCCAGGAGCCCUGGCCCUCCGGGUGAAUUUAGGAUUCUGGAGACAUUUGAGGUCUCACUUCUUCAUUGCCUUUAUUUAUAUUGAAGUUUACCGUGUACGCAUUUUUCUAUUUUGACUUUGCAAGUAAUUGUGAGACAAUCCA